AUGAACAGAAGAUCCGGUAAGUCUAAUAAUAGACCAUUUUCAUCCCUACCUGCAGGUCCCAAGGCAGCUUCCAGACCUUUAGGUAAAAUACCAACACAUCCCAGAGCUUCAAACAUUUCAACGACAAGACAAAAUUUAAAUACCAAUUCGAAAUAUAAUUCUUCUAAAGCUAGAGGGCCUAAUACUUUACCAUCUUCACCGUCAUCCAUUUUGAAUUCUGGUUCCUCCAAAACUGCCUCUGAGAUCAACACUGAUGCUGUUGCUGCUACUUCCACUGCAAACAAUUCUAAGUCCUCUAAAUUCACAUUUAAACAACUUCCAAGGAAACCAACUAACCAAAACGUUUCCCCUUCAUCCUCUACGUUACCACAUGCUCCUAUUCAUUCUUCCUCAAGACAAUACAACACCAAGAAAAGUAAGUAUAAUGAUAAAAGUUAUCUUCACAGAAUCGUAGCGUUACAGCAAAAUCUUUUUGGUCAAAAAUUAAAGUCGAAACAAUUAACCAAAUCACAUGUAUCUACAAGAUUUCAAUCCUCGAUAAAAGCCUCAACAAGAAUUAUCUCUAUAGAAUGGGACCCCACAGGAAACCACUUGGCAUUCACUAAAUCAGAUGGCACAUUAUGUUUCAUGAAAGUACCUGCGCGUGAUAUUUCUGCUGAUAGAAAGACACCUUUGCCUAAAGAGGAAAAAAUAGGUGGUAAGAAUAAAUAUGGGCACACUUUAUUAAAAUUUGGAUACGUUCUAAAUAAUGGAAUUAGUUGGAAUAGGCUUGCGCCUGUUAAAUUUUGUGUUUGUGGGCAUGAGUAUAUUGAUUAUGAAGACACUAAGGGAAGGGGAUUUUUAAGAGUAUAUGAAUAUAAUAGUUCAUUUGAAGAAAAACUGACCCUCGUAGAUAAAAGGUAUUUUGAUGACGACAGAAUUUUUGAUUGUAAAUAUUCACCUGUCAGUGAUAUGGUUGUGAUUGUUACUGAAUCUAAUAAACUGCAUUUUUUAAACGAAACUUUGGAAAUAGUUAACACCAUUCAGUACGAGAAUUCUAUUUAUUCAAUCUGUUGGAAUAAUAACGGCAAAUUUUUGUUUGUUGGUUUUAAAUCUGGCGAAGUCGAUGUUUUAAAGCAAAUAAAUAAUGAUAAUGAUGAAGAAAAUGGACUAAGCUAUAAAUUUCAAUCUGUUUAUAAGAUGUAUCCUCAUUGUUCUAAAAUAACUACAAUUGCUGUUGAUGGAAGAGGCAAAUUUGUUGCAUUUAGUAGUGAUGACGGGUUGGUAUCGUUAUGGAAUUUGAAUGAUUUGUCGUUGAUAAAAGUAAUUGAAAGCGACUCCGGAUUUAAGAUCGUCUCUAUCAGUAUUAGUCAAGAUGGAUUAACUUUGGGAAUAUCAUAUGAAAAUCAGAAUAAAGAAAGAUACGUGAAUCUUGUUUUUUGGCCCUUCUCAACUUCAUUGCUAAAUCUAAAGGGUUCAACAUUAGUUAAAUUUUUAGAGCGGAAAACUUCCUUUAUAUUGUCAAAUUCCAACAAUGAAAUUGAGUAUUAUUCUUGUUGA